UAAACCGAAAAAGAAAAGCAAAGCCAAAACCCUCUCUCUAACAAAUCUCUCUCUCUCUCUCUCUCUCUCUCUCUCUCUCUCUCUCAACUCGAAGAAGGAGAGCUGCGAGAAGAUCUCCUUACCGUAUAGAUCCAGAGCCAAAUCAGUUCAAGAUCUGGGUGGGUCUUGAUGGGAAUGUAUCAACGGUUGGAUUUCGAGGAGGAGAUGGUGUAUCCUUUACUAUGAUUAUGGAAAGAGGAGUAGAUGAAAAGGUGAUGGAGAGAAGUGCCAGCAGCAGUAGUGAGAGAUAUGUCGAGUUCAUGGAGGACUCGUGCUGCAGCCAGUUCUGCACGGGACCCAACCCAGGGAUGGCUAGAUAUGUUUAUGGCCUCAUCUUUCUCCUAACCAAUCUUCUGGCUUGGGCGGUUCGUGACUAUGGCCAAAACUUCUUGUCGGAGCUGAAGAGACUCCAAGGUUGCCAAGGUGGUCGUGACUGUUUAGGGACAGAAGGCGUGUUGCGCGUGAGCCUGGGUUGCUUCGUAUACUACUUCAUUAUGUUUCUUUCAACAGCCGGUGCGAAGAAGUUGAAUGGGGCUCGAGAUUCAUGGCAUUCUGGGUGGUGGGCUGCUAAGAUUCUCUUGUGGCUUGCUUUGAUGAUGCUUCCGUUUCUCAUUCCCUCUUCGUUUAUUCUGCUCUAUGGGGAAGUAGCACACUUCGGUGCCGGGGUGUUUCUCUUAAUUCAACUGAUCAGCAUUAUCAGUUUCAUAACAUGGCUGAAUCAUUUCUGUUGCUCAGAGAAAAACGCUGACAAAUGCCGCGUCUACGUAUUGGCAACCUCCAUAGCUGCAUAUGUUGCGUCCAUGUCGGGGAUCGUGAUGAUGUACAUAUGGUACGUGCCCCAGAUAUCGUGCAUGCUUAACAUUUUCUUCAUCACAUUGACAAUGGCGCUCAUUCAAGUCAUGACGUGUGUCUCUCUCCAUAAAAAAGUGAAUGGAGGCCUCUUGACCCCAGGGCUAAUGGGCCUUUACGUUGUGUUUAUCUGCUGGUGUGCUAUUAGGAGUGAACCAUUGACAGAGAUUUGCAACAGGAAAGCAGAAGUUGCAGCAAAGGGAGACUGGCUUACAUACAUAAGCUUCAUCAUCGCACUACUUGCAAUGGUUAUAGCAACAUUUUCAACUGGGAUAGAUUCCAAAUCCUUUCAGUUCAGGAAGGACGACGUACAGACGGAAGAUGAUGUUCCAUAUGGGUAUGGAUUCUUCCAUUUUGUUUUCGCCACCGGAUCAAUGUACUUUGGUAUGCUACUGAUAGGCUGGAACACGCAUCACAAAAUGCAAAAAUGGACAAUAGAUGUGGGAUGGACCAGUGCAUGGGUGAGAAUUGUGAAUGAAUGGCUAGCAGCUUGUGUUUACAUAUGGAUGCUCAUUGCACCCCUCGUUUGGAAGAACCAACAGACAGCAGAAUCAUCAACAGAAUCAACUUACAACAUUGGAAGUACUUUUUGAUUCUUUCUCCUUUCUCAUUCAUACAAUGUACAGUAAUUCAAUUCAGCAAGCAGCAUUUCCAAUAGCUCAAAGCAAUCAAGCAACAAAUCCCCCACUCAUGCAGAACAAAGCCGGUGCAGAGGCCACGAAAAUGAAUGUUUUGCAUUGAUAGUUUUUGGACCUUGUAUAUCUAGUUCUCUUGUCCUGAUGUUAAAAUGGAGAUUCGACAGUCAUCUGCAUUGGAUUUGAGAUGCACAUCUGUCCGUCUUUCGUAAAAUACCACCAGGACACCUCAAGAUUCUACAGGUGAUGUCAGAUUGUUGUGGGGCCAUACUGCUGGAUUCAAUCGUCUGGACAAAUAGAUUGUCUGAACCACUUGAAGUUGGAAGCAUAGUACUGAGUAUCAUGGGUUCUUUAUUUGAUUUUGUUAUUAUUUUUUUGGGUUAAAAUUAGUGCUAUGUUGGGGGAAAAGAGUCUUUUAUCUGUUGUGACUGGUGAGACCUAAACCUGUGGUGCAACAUAGAUUAAUUACAUCAACUAUCUUUGUUA